AUGCUUCCCUUGUAUUUGCUAACAAAUGCCAAAGGUCAGCAAAUGGUUAUAGAACUGAAAAAUGGUGAGACCAUCACAGGCCAGCUGGUGAAUGUCGACAAUUGGAUGAACUUGACUUUGUCGAAAGUUACACACACAUCGACCAACGAGUCCGUUAAACUGCCAGAAAUAUACGUUAGAGGCAGUUUCGUCAAAUACAUCAAACUCCAAGACGACUUGAUCGAGAAGGUCAAGCAGAACAGCGCUCAGCAGCAAUCUCAAGGCCACAGUCAGGGCAAGGACUUCAGAAGGAGACAAGGUGGCAGAAAAGACGGUGAAAAGAGAUUCAAUUCAGGCAACAAUUCCAGACGCGGUGACAGUCGUGACUUCCACCAUGGAAAUAACAACAACAACAGCAGUGGUGGCCGUCGAUUCAACAAUGGUCAAAGCAACAACUACAAUAACAGAACGAACGAAGAUCGUUUAACUCCAAGUAAUCAUUCAAGCGCCAUGGGAGGUUUCGUCAAGCACCACCAAACAUCUUCUUCCCAACAACCACUGAAUUUGGGAGGGCAAACUAUCUAA